GGCGACGGACGUAAAAGCCCGCGUUGGCGCUACGAUCGCGCCUCACCGCGAAAUUGUAGAAACAGUUUUCGUUGUGUCGAUUCAAAUCUAUGAAGUGAAACUUUGCAUACGCGUGUGUUGUGUUCAAAACUGUUAAACUAAUAGUCUAACUUUUACACAGCUUGGAUUACGUGGAUUCGAAGUUAUUUCUACGAGGAAGUGAUACUUUUUGAAGGAGACAUAACUCUUUCUGUGGUGUGAUGCGAGGUCGCGCGUGAAGCAUGGCGCGGGCAGGGACCGUGUGUCUCGUCCUAUGGCUGCUCGCCGUCGUCACCGAUGGUAAACAAGAAGUGUCAAGUUCAACAGAGGCCGAGCACAUCACAGCCGCCCCCACUCCGCCAAUACCAUUGCGACCUGAGUAUGCUCACCCCGCGGGAGCCGAGGCCUUAGAUCCUUACAACUCAGAGAACAAUCACCCAGCUCCUAAUCACAGAGACUAUUUAGAAGAGGAUUACGAUCACGAAUCCCACAAGGAAGACGAUCAUGACAGUAGAGAUGACGCGGACGAGCUGCCGUCGCUCUCGGGCGAUCAUUUGCUACAAAGUUCAACAGACGAUCUUCCAAUAUUUCUAUUAGAGCCGCAACACGCGUUUGUAGUUCGGAAUAAACCGGCCAUGUUGAGAUGCCGCGCCGCCAACGCACUGCAAGUCUACUUCAAGUGUAACGACGUGCGCUCCGUGGCCAGCACUCAAUUCGAAUUUGUCGAUCCUCAAAGUGGCGUCAGAAUUGUCGAAGCGGAAUGCAACGUCACCAGAGACCAAGUCGAGGAGUAUUUCAGUGAGGAGUUCUCUUGCACCUGCUUCGCUUGGAGCAGCAGAGGAGAUAUACGGAGUCAACCCGCCAUUGUUAAACUUGCAUAUAUAAGAAAGCAGUUUUCAAUGUCGCCGUCCCCAACAUCAGUGGAAGCAGGUCUUACGGCAUCGCUGCGCUGCUCCCCGCCUGAAGCAGUGCCGCCACCUCGCGUCGCCUGGCUGAAGCACGGUACGCCGCUGCAACAGGAUCACAACGUGGUGAUAUCUGCUGAAGGAAACCUCGUUAUAUCUAGAGCAACAUUACAGGACAUGGCUAACUACAGUUGCGUGGCUGAAAAUAUCGCAGGCAAGAGAGUUUCUGAGCCGGCGCUUUUGACCGUCUAUGUGAACGGCGGCUGGUCGCCGUGGGGCCCUUGGACGCAGUGCCGCUGCGGCGGGCGCGCAACGGGCGGGCAACGACGCACUCGCACCUGCACAGAGCCGCACCCGCUCAACGGCGGCGCUCCCUGCCAAGGACAGGCCGUGCAGAGGACCAACGACUGUGUACCCUGUCAGAGUGCGUUGCCGGGUCGAUGGGGCGCGUGGUCUGAGUGGUCGGUGUGCGGUGCGGACUGCAGGCAGACAAGGAGACGUGCUUGCGCUGGCGACACGCCCUGCGCCGGCGCACAUACACAACACGCUGACUGUGUCGGCGACUAUUGCGGCGUGCAUGGAGUAGCGGCUCACAGCGACAUCCCCCUGUACAUUGGGAUCGCGGUGGCUGUUGUCGUGUUCCUGUCCGGAGCCGCUGUUGUUUACAAGCUGCUACAGAGGAAGACCAGGGAUCACUCACUUUAUACCAUGACCAGAACAGAUUUUCAACCGGAGAUGUAUCCAACUGUUGAGAAACAGUCGCUAUCUCUUGCGCCGGACUUGAUGCAGCACCGGCCGCCGCGCUACGAGCACCCGCCGCCAGAUACCAGGGCAGAGCAUCACUAUGACGUACCACAUCUCACGAACAGCUACGCGUCCCCGGUGGAUCAGCAGGUGACACCUUGUGCUUCCAGCAAGGGCCAGAGCGACGAGUACGACAGCAAGCCCUACAGCGAGUCAGAACAUUCCGUCUCCAGUUGCUUCACUAGCUCCGGGUCCAUGUACGACGCGGCGAACGAGUCCGUGACGCUGCAACUAGCGGAACUCGUCUCGAACUCGGCCACCUCGCAGUCGCUGUGUGUGACGGGAGCGGGCGCGCGGCUCGCGCUGCCGGCCGCCGCGGUCGCGCUCUCCGUACCUGAGGGCGCUCUUGGUAGGAGCCGCCGGGAGCAAAUGUACGUCGCCGUCGUCAAAGAUGACAGAUACAGAUUUAGAGUAGGCAAAGGCAUCACGCAACUGAGCCCCGUGGUGAAGUGCGGCCCGCCGCGCCUACAGCUCAACAAGUCCGUCGUCUUGCAGAUCCCGCACUGCGCCGGCCUCAAGCACGGCUUCUGGAAUCUAUCCCUUUACGCCAUAGACCAUAAUAAUUCCAAAUCGGACAACGCUUUGCCCCAAUGGAAAAAAGUCGUCGGCCUCGGCCAGGAGACUAUCAACACUCCAGUAUUUACUCAAUUAGAUAAUGACAAGAUAUUCCUAGUUACCGAUAUAUUAUCUACUUUUGUUUUGGUCGGAGAGAGCUUUAACGGUAAGGCGGUGAAAGCGCUGCAGCUAGCGAUCUACGCUCCUGCUGUGCCCAACGAAACGUCCUGCGAGUACAGCAUCAGACUUUAUGUAUUCGAGGACACGCCUUGCGCGCCCUACUACUGCCAGGAGCAGGAGAAGAAGUUGGGGGGUGUGCUCAUUGACCGACCGAAGACGCUGCUGUUCCAGGAUGGCGGCUCCAACCUAUGCCUGAACAUGGAGCACGUGAGCCCCGGCUGGAAAACCAAGCCGGGCUUCGGCUAUCAAGAAAUACCAUUCAAUCACGUAUGGAGUUCCAACUACAACGCUCUGCACUGUAGUUUUAUUUUGGAGAGGACUCACGACUGCGACAGCAUUGAUUUUAGUAUUUCAGCAUGUCAAAGGACCAACCCGACCUACAAACAAAUGUUCCGAAUAUCACUGGAAGACAUCCGCAGCCGGUCGCCGCGCGGCAGGUCGCCCCGCGCGGAAUCGCAACGCAGCUUCAAUAUCACCGAGAACUUAAUAGAGGCGCGGAUGUGUCGGAGCGAGGAGGGUAGUGAGGGCAGCGCCAAAAGGAGUGUCACCGUCAGUGAGACAGGCGUCAACGAGUGCGCAGGAGAAGGACCUUUUAAGUUGAGCGCUCGCAUUAAACGGCAGUUGUGCGCUAUAUUGGACCCGCCGAACGCGCGCGGCAACGACUGGCGCGCACUGGCGGCGCGGCUCGGCGUGGACAGGUACACGACGUGGUUCGCCACAAAGAGUUCCCCCACCGAGGCCAUCCUCGAGCUGUGGGAGUGCCGCGAGCGUGGGCCGGGCGCCACAGGAGCGCUGGCCGCCGCUCUGCGCCAGAUGGACCGCCACGACGCUGCGGAUCUGCUGCACUCCCGCCCCUCGUGGUUAUGAAUCGCCAGCGCUGUCGUGCGAGCGCCACCCGCAACCAUUUAUAAAGACUAUAAAGGGAGUCUAUCGAAUAGACAUGUUUAAAUAAAAAGUUAAAGAACGUUUUGUUGAUAAAGUUAAGCGUAGUUUAAAUGUUUUGUUAGAGAAAAGAAUAGUUUCGUAGGCCAGCGGCCUAACUUUGUAAAAUCGUGGUAGAUUAUUUUGUAUAGAUAUUACUCGAGCUGUAGAUAAGCGACGAAAUAUAUAAAUUAUAUUAUAGUAGCAAUAAUAGUGCCUAAUGUCUUUUAAAGAGAUGCCAACAUAUGAAUCGUUGGUGUACAGAUGGUUAUUUUGUUAAUUUUUAUAAGUGUUUGAGUGUUCUUUGUAAUCAAAAUGUAUUGCUAAGUUCAUGUUUACUUCGCUUGUGCAUUUCUUUUGUUUACGCAACUCAAGAAUUAGAUGUUCGUGCCAAAUUCGCGAUGCCACCAAAUAGUUUGGCAAUAAUGUUUCAAAUUCUAUGCAACUGUUCAGAGCUUAAUGUAAUUAGGAUUACUUUAAUACUUUCUCAUUUCACACUCUCAAUCGAAAGACUUGACUCGAAUGCAUUUACUGUCCUAUUUAUAACUUUAAUGUAAUUCUCAACUUAAACUUACACUGCCGCUGAGAUAAGUAUUGAGUGAAGUCUCGACCUCAACAGAGUUCCAAGAGGAAAUCCUAGAUUAUGUUCUAAAUUUCCCAUCUAUGUGUAAGGUAAAUAGAUUGUAAAUAAUUGUAUCGCAGUUUGCAAAUAGUAGACAGUGUAUAUGUAUGUACUAACCGAGGUUUAUGUAAAUGGGACUCAUCACCGCUGUAGACUAUACUUAUAUAUAUUUUUGUUAACGUGAUGAACUUUA